AUAUGGACCAUAUGAAUGGAAAUUCUUAAGCUUGGAAUUUGAAAGGUAGCUGGUAGUGGCUUGAUAAUUUUUGUUUGGUCAAGUAAAUAUUUGAAUUUUUGAACCGUGUUUGUAUCGAAAAAUUUGUCCGUGACGGCGUAGGAUUCCAUUCUUUCCAGCCUGGCGUACCGUCCUUUGGAGAAUCGUACCUUUCACUCAUCUCUAGUAUUCAGAGAUGCCUCUUCCUCCAGCUCUGCAGGAGCGUCUAAAGAAAAGAGGAAUAAUCAAAGAAGAUCUCAGCCAACCUGCUUCGUCCUCGAAAAGCACACCCUUUCUUCAGACAGACACAGACUAUUCCAGAUCGUGGCUGGGAUGCCCCAAUAAAUGUAAUCCCUAUCAUGUAUGUGGAGAGUUUUGUCGUUUAUUCUGGGCGAACGGGUUUGCGGAACCGGAAAAAGUUACCGAAAAGAAGCGCCAACUGAUGUUGCUGAAGUAUCCUAAACCCACUGGUUGGAAAGAAAUUUAUGAUCCCGGAACCGGUCGGCAUUACUAUUGGAACGUCGAUACGGACGAAGUUUCCUGGUUCCCACCGGAGCAUCCCAAAGCCAGUGUUACUGUGUCGGCCAACAAACUGCGAGCCAUUUUGAUGAAGACCAGUUUUCGACAGACACCGGAAGUGGCUAGAUAUCUGUACAAAAACCCCAGUGGUGUGACAACGUUGGUCAGUGAUUAUUCCAAUGAAGGCGUCACCAACGAAGAAGACACAGAGGGAGAAUUUCGGCGGAGUAAUCUGGAUGAAAGUGAUCUACAUGGAACGCGAGGCCGCGGUGGUGGAGGAAAGAUGGGUCGAUAUAAGCCCAAAGCACAAAAUGAACCCCUCGAUCCGAUGGAUCCGGCCUCGUACUCGGAUAUCCCGCGCGGGGGAUGGAGUUCUGGUUUGGAAACCGGCGGUGAAGCCAAAACUGGAGUGGAUGUCACGGCGAGCGGGCCGCUCUUUCAAAGCCGACCUUAUCCGAGUCCCGGAGCUAUUCUCAGGAGAAAUGCUGGCAUAGUUGACAAGAAAAAGAAAUGAUUCUUCGUGCUAACGACGAGUAACCGUAAAAAGGGGGCUGAUUUGUUGGAUGAUGGGAAGUCGUUGAUCAAACCUACAUGAACCAGCAUUUACCAUUCACUCUGAUAAAGUUUGCAGUUGUUUGUGCGUUUAUUUAUGCGUUUCUGUUUUCGGGUUACGUACAGAAUCGGCGUAUCCGUGAAACUUUUAAGACUUAUGGCUGUCAAUUUUGUUGUUUAACCGAUUACGAUUACUGACUGGCACUGCAAAUUUGGUUCUUUUUACCCUCGAUUCCUAAAGCAGCUCGCUACACUUAAGAACACUAAUAAAAUCUCUAAAAGUACUAGUAGUGUAG